GAUGAAAAGUACACAACACUAAUAACCUAACUUUUUUCCUUUGAAAAGUGACAAAUUAGGUGAAGUGAACAGCCGCUUCUAAAUCGUUAAAAUUAACGAAGAAGCACACAACCGAUCAUUAAAAUGGCAAAGCUCGUAGAUAUGGAACUCAAAAAAGCUUUUGGAGAACUUCAGCACAAAAUGGUGGAGACAAGUGAAAGGGUCCAUAUCAUAGAUUCUAAAAUUGAAGUUUUUGAGCGUCUUACUCAUCGCAUUGAGAUGACUGAGCGAACAAUGAGCACUUUACCACCAGAAACUAAAACUUACGAGUCCGUGGGAAGAAUGUUCCUCCUCACAGACCUCGAGGAAGUAAAGAAGAGCUUGGCCAACCGAAAGUCCCUUGUAGCAGCCCGAAGCAAGGAACUAGAGAAAAACAAACAAUAUCUCGAGAAGAACUUAGAGGAAUUCGAAGGCACUAUUAGAGAAAUGGUCAAACAGCGCAAGUGUCAGAACGAAGCUCAAUAACAGUUCAUUUGCCCCUUUACUUCAAGCCAAUGCUUGACUUAUUUUAAUGUAACAAGUAAUGAGCCUUCCACAAGAUCGUUAUUAGUAUGUAUUAAUAGAAUGUUAAUUUUUUUAUUAAAUAACCUAACCUAAUUCAUUGAUCAAGCA